AUGUCCAACAUGCGGUAUAUUCGCAAUACUGCUUCCAGACGCCCGGUGCCUGACACCCGGGCAGAGCUCAUCACCUCAUUGAUGAAACUCAUCCAGCAAUGCCCUCCCACAAACCCUUGGCCCAAAAAUCCGAAGGGCAUCUUCUCCGGGCCAACCUCCAUCGCCUAUCUAUUCCUGCGGCUCUCCCGCACCCAUCCUAAUCUUCGAAUCUCGAAUCGAUCCGCGAAAGGAUGGUGUGAAGCGUACCUCGACUGCGGCUCCAACCAGCUCACCACGCCAGCCGGUCUCACAGGGUGGGGAGUGAUGAACGAGUACCUUUCAUUCCACGCAGUCCGAGCCGCCGCAUUUCACGAUGAUGACUCUCUCGGUUGUCUGGAGCAUGUCAUCCUGCAGAGCUAUACUUGCCCAGAUGCCGACAACGACUACCUCUAUGGACGGGCAGGAGCCCUGGCCCUGCUCCACCUCGUGCAGAUGUGGAGAUCGGAUGCAAGAGAGCGCAUGCAGGCCUGUAUAGACCCGUUAAUCGAGGCACUUCUCAGGGCUAUUCCCUGGAACUUCCGGGGCAAGGCCUACACGGGCGCUGCCCACGGAGUCAUCGGCAUCCUGACUCAGAUCGUCUCCUGUCGUCCCAGUCUGGGCCGUCACCCUCAAAUUGAGAAUAUCCUGGCGGAGCAGCUCGAUCUGCAGACAGAUGACGGGCACUGGCCGUCAAAGAUGGGUCCACGCAUGCGGCCAGGGGACCUUGUCCAGUUCUGUCAUGGAUCCCCGGGCUUCAUACUGUCCUUGCCGUAUAUCCGGCCUACCGUGCGGGAGUCUCUUCAGCAACGCAUUGAUGUGGCAAUCGAGCGCGGUCGUAAAGAGAUAUGGGAGAAAGGACUGCUGCGCAAAGAGCCCAACCUCUGCCAUGGGAUCGUGGGGAAUAUGCUGGCUCUGGGUGAUUGGGUCCAGAGAGAACACUUUAUGGCGUAUGCCACCGCUUCGGAGAUUGCACAGAAUCUUCGCAGCGGACGAUAUAUUGCUGGGGACGAUCCGUUUGGGCUGUUUUGGGGAGAGGCGGGACGCGCGUGGGGAUGGGCGAUGUUAGAUGCUCGAGUGGAUCUCGGGUUUCCAGUCUAUUCAGACCGGCUUUGA